AUGCCUUCUAUGCCCGCCGAUUCGCCUGCUGUCUCUGUGUUCGAAAGAGUGGACUAUCAUGAUACAGAAUAUACCGAUAGUGGCAUCAACAAUGACGUUGAAUACCAGAAGCUUUUGACUGUAUUGGCGGAGUUCAAGAGCGAACUAGCUGAAAAUUCUAUCGACCAUCUGUAUCGAGCAACGAGGGAUGAUGUAUAUGAUCGUGUUUUUGACAGUUCUGACUAUAAUACUGAAAGUGUAGAAGGUGACCAAGAUACUAAACUUCAAACAAGUAACAAAAGACAGACACCAGUGUUCCAGACAUUCCAGAGUAGGUUGAGCACAUUCCAAGUCUCAGACUUUGUCUUCGACUAUUGUCAGUUACCCAACACCGGCACAGGCAACGGUGGAACGAUCCAGCCCAUUGAGUUAGCAGCGCACCCGGCACUUGUCCUAGCAAAUAUGGCUCAAACCAAGUUCACCAUAGAACCAUGCGGGAUAAACCUCCCGCAUAUACACCCCAGAGCCACCGAGCUCGUAUAUAUGGUAUCUGGCGCAGUUACAGUGGGCUUUGUAGGUGAGAAUGGAGGCGGGGCUAUCAUGAACAACUUAUCUGCAGACAUGAGCACAUUUUUCCCGCAAGGACUUAUACAUUUCCAGCAAAAUAUGGAGUGCGAACCGGCAGUGUUUGUGUCGAGUUUGAAUGGUGUUGAUCCAGGUACCAUCACACUACCAGAACAGCUCUUCGCGCUGCCGACGGAGGCGUUGUCAGCGGCUUUUGGCCAAAGUGAAGCUGCAAUCAAUCUAAUUCGCAAUGUAUUGCCCAUGAGUAUAGCUAGAUCAGAUUGCUUGGCGCGGCGUGGCCCGGCAGACAUACCAUCGGCAGAGAUAUAUCUGCACGAUCACACCGGUAUGCCUAUGUCUCCGCAUACCCACAUGGCUGCAAUGGCUGACCGUACACUGCUCAAGAACGGUGUUCUCUCUGACAUACUUGUGUUUGUAUGGGCUAAAGAGAUGGAACUGUGCACUCUGGAUGACGGUGACAAAUCGACACACUGAACAUCUCUGCGCAACGUGCACCAUGAUCAUUGCCAUGUGCGAGAGGGAUUGGUUUUGCUUGUGUGUUAGUGAAUGAUGGACAUUUACCUAGUCAGUGCUGCUCACGCAUUGCGUCUCACUGGAUCAGACGUCUCUUCUGCCGUGUAUAAGUUAGAGCAGCACAAGCUUC